AUGCACAGCGUGUUUCGAGUCGGUACAAUUCGACAAGUGGGUGACAAAAGUAACCUUUACCAUGAGGUACAACUUCAGUUGACUGCUGAUGACGAUCCACAACUACGUGUGUUAACGGACCGUAUUGAAAGUGAAGUUCGAGGUAGUACAGGAUGGCAACGUUUGGGUAAAUUAUUGCUUACACUCGGACAGCUGGAUAAAGCCGAAGAACUGUACACUGUGUUGCUCGAACAAACGUCUGAUAAGAAUGACAGAGCACACUAUUAUCAUCAACUUGGCCGCUUAAAAUAUAGGCAAGGUGCUCAUAAAAUGGCUAUAGAAUACUAUGAAAAAGCACUUGAAAUUAGAGAAAAAACUCUUCCUUCGAAUCACCCUCAUUUGGCUACUUCGUACAGCUGCAUCGGUACGGUGUACAAGAACAUGGGAGAGUAUUCGAAAGCACUUUCAUUCCAUGAAAAAGCACUUGGAAUUAGAGAAAAAACUCUUCCUUCGAAUCACCCUUCGCUGGCUACUUCGUACAGCAACAUCGGUGGGGUGUACAUGAACAUGGGAGAGUAUUCGAAAGCACUUUCAUUCUAUGAAAAAGCACUUGAAAUCGGGGAAGGAUCUCGUCCGUCGAAUCACCCUGAUUUGGCUACUUCGUAUAACAACAUCGGUUUGGUCUACAAGAACAUGGGAGAGUAUUCGAAAGCACUUUCAUUCUAUGAAAAAGCACUUGAAAUCGACAAAAAAACUCUUCCCUCGAAUCACCCUGAUUUGGCUACUUCGUACAACAACAUCGGUGGGGUGUACAGGAACAUGGGAGAGUAUUCGAAAGCACUUUCAUUCUAUGAAAAAGCACUUGAAAUUAGAGAAAAAACUCUUCCUUCGAAUCACCCUUCGUUGGCUACUUCGUAUAACAACAUCGGUGUGGUGUACUACAACACUAAGGACUAUUCGAAAUCACUUACCUAUUUCGAACGCGCUCUGGACAUUCAUCAACGUGCAUUACCGGCGAAUCACCCUCAUAUAAAACCUGUAAAAGAAAGUAUCGAAAAUUGUAAAAGNGUAUGUUGA